AUGGCGUCUUCAAACCAUUCCAACAACGAUCCCGCUUCUAUUCAGUCCAUUGCUAGCACUGCAAUCAGCCACAUCCAACAGCUUGUUUCGCUAGUGGAACAAAGGCCAACAGCGGCAUCAACGUCUUCAAACGAGCUGCAAGUAGCGACUCCACGAGCUGGUACUGCUUUGGAGGAAUUACGAAGGCGAUUCCCAACAGUUUCAGCAAGGUCAAGCAGGAAUGCUGCAACAGGAAGGUAUGAAAGAUCCAAUACUUUCCGACCAUAUCCUAACGUAAGACGCACAGUUGGGAGACCAUUGACGUCUGAAACAGUCUCGAAAGAUAUUGUAAUCUUGGAUUUUGGAAGAGAGAAAAUACCAACAAAAUCCGAGAAAGCUGAAUUGGAAAGAUCCGGCAGAAUCAUUUCGGGUUUUGACAUCAAUAGAAAGUGGGAUGCCAAAACACUUCACAACGAAAUAUCACGUUUACUACCAGGUUAUAUGGAGGGACUGUAUUUUGAAAUCGUCAAGAAUAGUGGCGGCACCCUGAUAAGACCAAAUCUCCCUGCAGGAAAAGACAUUGAUGCUAAGCUUCUACUCAAAUCAAUUGCCCCGUCAGGAUGGGUAUAUCUUAGACUGCUAGAGGAGUUACCAGAUUCUUUCAUGGAUCCUAGUGAUAAAAAACUUUUUGUUUCUCCUUUUGCUGUUGAAGACACAGGUGAUCCGGGUGAUCCAGGCUUGUGUAUAGACUUGACCGAUACUCCAGAUGGAGAACGAUUGUGUCGUCAAAACUCAGCAAAUGGCACUGAAUCCUCUAAUCCAGACGAAAGUUCAACACUCAAUGCCAAUGAGAGUCAGUCACAAUCGAGUUCUUUGAACAUUAACUCGAUCAUCAGGGGUGCUAAAGAGGGACAGUUGAGUGACCCCGUAGAGGUGCUGAAAUAUCUACAGAAGGAGAUAGUAACACGAAGACCCUUAGAAGUCACAAGCUCAGAAGACACCAUUGAAGGAGAAACAAAUUACAUAAUAGUCGACAGAGACAAUAUACUAGAAACAACAUUUGCUGAACUUCAAUAUAUAUCCAACUACAGACUGACAUUCCAGGUGGACUUUAUGGGAGAGGAAUGUGUAGAUUAUGGUGGGCCACGAACAGAAUGGAUAAGAUUAAUGAACCAAGCCAUAAAACAAAAAUACUUUGACCAUGGUUUAAGGCCAUUGUUGGCAGAAGAUUAUUUUAAUGUUGGAAUAAUGAUGGCAAUAGCCAUGCUUCAAAAUGGCCAGCUGCCUUUGUUUGUAGAGGAGGAUAUUCUGCAGCAAAUUGUUUCUGAAGGCGUGUGUUUAGAUCCUUGUGUUGCCAAACUUCAACAUGGUAUCGAAGUGCUGGGAAUGUUAUCAGCCCUUCAGGAGCUGCCAAUGUUGAUUCAUCUCCUGAGACCUCAAGGACAGCAGAAGCUUGGAGUGCAAAUGCUGCUUCACAUUUUGAAGCCACAGUUUUCAGAGGAGGGGUCUAAUGCACUCAAAAAGGAAAAAGAAGUUUAUCAACUCUUUGUUAGAUAUGUUCGUGAAGUAGCAGCUUCCAGGAGGGUAUGUGGAAAGACUACCCUUAAUUUGAGUCAUAUUCUUCAAUUUGCCACUGGUUCACCAGAGGAACCUGUCCUUGGUUUUACGCUGGCUCCGUCGUUGGAGUUCAUAUUACCCACAGAAUUGAAAGUUACAAGUCAGCAAGGACUUAGUGAAGGGCAAAACCCAAAUGUGGAGGGUGGCUUCCUGCCUCUAGCUCAUACCUGCACCAAUUUGCUUCAGGUUCCAAGACCGACUGAUGCAUUGCCUUUGCCCUCUACCCAGAGACUGUUUGCCCUGUAUGACUUGGCAUUCUCGCAGUGUUACUUUGGCAAAAAGUAA